AUGCAAGAAGAGACUGAUAAUCAUCAUGAAGUAGUAGUACUUGACGAUGAGAAGGAUCUUCCGGUUCCUCCACUGAAUGUCACAGAAGAAGACAGGAUUGCUUGGUUGCGGGAAAAUAUAUCGAAGUUUGACAUUUUCAAGUCAAACAACAUCACACGGCUGUUUCAUGGUCGGGUUCUGGAGUUCUUCAACCGUGACUGCGAGGCUCACUUCUUCAUGACAUGGAUUUCCCCGGCAGGGUCGUUUGGGCAGAGAGAAUUCUUGGCGAUGGACAGCCUUUUCAAGGCUCACCCUCGAGGUUGCUUAAUGAUUUUGUCAAAAAGCAUGGACUCUGCAAGAGGAUACAGGAUUCUAAAACCGCUCCUUGACCGGGGAUUCAAAGUCGUCGCAGUGACACCGGACUUGCCAUUUCUGUUCAAAAACACGCCGGCCAAAGCUUGGUUUAAUGGGAUUAGGAGGGGGGAAAAGGACCCCGGCGAGAUUCCGUUAGCUCAGAAUCUAUCCAAUCUAUUGAGACUUGCAGUUUUAUACAAGUAUGGAGGCAUUUACAUGGACACCGAUUUCAUUGUGCUGAAACCUCUGACUGGGUUGAAGAACUCAAUUGGAGCACAGAGCAUGGAUAUGGAGUCCAAGAAAUGGAGCAGGUUAAACAACGCAUUCUUGGCGUUUGACAUGAAUCAUCCACUUAUGUUCAAAUUUAUGCAGGAAUUUGCAUACACAUUUGAUGGGAAUAAAUGGGAGCAUAAUGGUCCCUAUUUGGUUUCCAGGGUGGUUGAGAGAGUAAGGAGGAGACCUGGUUACAACUUCACAGUCUUGCCAUCAAUGGCCUUCUAUCCGGUGGAUUGGCUUAGGAUCAGCGGGCUUUUCCAGGCACCGAAAAACCAGGCCAAUUCCAAAUGGGUAAAAGCCAAGCUGCUUCAGCUAAGUGGGGAGACUUACGGGGUUCACCUAUGGAACAGGCAAACAAACAGAUUAGCAAUCGAAGAGGGAAGCGUCAUGGAAAGUUUAAUCUCAGAUCACUGUGUUGUUUGCCAACAGAUACAUACUUCCUUGAAACACCAAAGUUACUAAAAAGUGUUGAUAAUCUCAUUCAGUUGGAGCAUCUUCUAGGUUGGUACAUAUUUGUUUAAUUAUAGCUCUGUUUCGUGGGCUAUAUGGAUGCUCCUCUGUUUCGAGGUUUUCCUUUUCA